GUAAGAUAUGCAUGCUGCUGCGGAGAUUGAACCAAUUUAUUUCAAUUUCGCACUUCAACGAGCCACGUAGUGUGCGCGGUUCAAAUCAGCUAAAUUCAAACGACCGAAAUGCGAAAGCAAAGCUUCAUCAGUUGGUUUUACUGUAUCCUGUUCCUCGGAGCGGAUCGCGGCGUUUCUGCUUGCCACUGCAUACUUCUAAAAGAGUGCAGCACCUUCGUCCGGCUCCUGCUGCACCACAAGGCCGGAGACCAGUCCGCCGUGCACGCCAAAGUUCUUGCUGCCAGUUGUGGAUUCCAAGGCCUUGAUCCAUUGGUUUGCUGUCCCUCCCCGCGAAAAUCUUACCACGAUGAGUCAUUCCCGACCAAGGCUGGUCGCAUGCUGCGAUUUGCUCCACCAGAUGAGCGUUGGAUUUGGAGUGGCGAGAGUGAUAGAAGGGGUAGGCAUUCCAGCUCCAGAGAAACUUUAAGCUAUCACGAGGUGGAGACAAAUUUACAUGACUAUUGGGACUUCAAGGAAAAGCGCAACUGUCCGCCACCAGUUAAGCCAGAGUUUUUAGACCACAGGUUUGGUCCAGGCGGUCACCACUUUCACUAUCAAGUGGAGCAUUCUGAAGAUCAUUCGUCUAAGCGGCCUAAUCCGCAGGAUAAGCCUAUUAUAUUUCCCGGAGAUUUGCGAUUCCUGCGACAGGGUAGCGAUGAAGAUGAUCUAGAAGGUACACCACUGGCGCCAUUUACCUCACCCACAUUCUCGAAUCUGGAAGGACCCCCUCUGGCGCCAUUUACUACACCAACUCCCCGAGAAACCACAACCACAGUCAUAUCCCUUUUGGCGCCUCCUACACCAACUCCUAAGAUUCAACAGAACCUACCCGGCUGCGGAGUUAGUGUGGUAAGCCGCUUGCUGGGCGGGGAACAAGCCGGAACAGGACAAUAUCCUUGGCUGGCCAGGAUUGGAUACCGGAAUCGAACCAGUAGCAGGAUCAGCUAUCGUUGUUCAGGAUCCCUCAUAUCUAGAAACUACAUUGUGACCGCCGCCCAUUGUGUGAUUAAUUUGGUCAGCGACUUGGAAAUAUCUCAUGUGCGCCUGGGGGACGGAGAUGCAGUUUCCCAGUUUUCCAUUCAGCGAAUCGUGGUGCAUCCGAACUACGACCAGCCAAGAUAUUCUAAUGAUAUUGCACUUUUGCACCUGAAUAGUACAACAGGUGCUUUCACACCCAUUUGCUUACCUUUGAACGGCUCUACCUCACUCGGCGAAGGACUUGUUGGACAAACAGGAGUUGCCGCGGGUUGGAGUACUACAAACCCCGAAAAUGGAGCUAAUUCGUCGUCCGCCGGAGUGCGUUUCAUCAGGAUACCCAUCGUGAACACGACCAGUUGUGCGAUGGCCUACGCGAGUCUCAGCCAGAACUUCCAGCAGCCAAUAGUGAUCACUCCGAGUCACCUCUGUGCCCAGGGUCAGCCCAUGAACGACGUGUGCCGCGGCGACAGCGGUGGACCUUUCAUGGACGAUGGCAGCUCAGGUCUUUUUGGAAAUGGCCUCCACACCCUAAUUGGUAUUGUCGCUUUUGGACCAACGCUUUGUGGGGUUAGUACAAUUCCGGGGGUCUACACAUUGGUCAGCAGCUUUUCCGAAUGGAUACUCCAGAUAAUCAGAGAAAGAACUGACCUAUGAGCUGGCUGCUUGGGAGCUUCACCCACAAUUAGCCCAUCCAAAGCAUUCAACGCCAAAGUCAAAAAAGUAUUUUAAAAACAUUUCAAAAUUAUUGAUUUU